AUGAGUAUGGAAUCUCGUCGUGGACGUCCUCCUACCCGGAGACAGCACCUAUUUACAAAAGACUUGAAGUCUCUUAUGUACGCUUUUGGAGACGAUCUAAAUCCUGCUCCCGACAGUGUAAAUGUCUUGGAAGAAAUUGUCGUUGACUAUAUUAAUGAAAUGUGCCUAGAGGCGGCUCGAAUUGCUGGCAAUCGCAACAAAGUAAAGGUGGACGAUUUCAAAUUUGCACUCCGAAACGACCCUAAGAAGCUUGGCCGUGUUGAAGAACUACUGGUUCUUCAAAAGAUGAUUGCAGAUACGAGAAAUGUUAUGAAGUACAACAAAGACCAUUUUUAA